AUGUCGAAAACAAAGGUGUCUUCCAGCAGAAAGGCCAGUCCGCCUCUAUUCGCGCAGAAAGAAGACGGGUUCGCCCAAUUUCUGAAAAGGCACGCCUCUCCAACACACCAGCGAGUUACCGCAGGAGGAAGGAUUAUUCCAAUGGAGCAACCCUGGUCACCCCUCCCUGUAACUUCAUCUUCCGGGCCAUACGAGGUAACCGAUCCCAGCACUUCCGUGCUUGAGCAAAGUGGGAAGGCUAGUCGAGGUGUCACUGGCCACCACAGGAGUGCAAUGCAAGAUCAUACCAUGACCCAGCAGCCUUCUGUGGAAUCUCCGAUCAUGCUCCAGGAACAGAUACCGUCGUCCAUGUGGGCCAACAUCAUUCAGCCUCCGGCUCCCAUUAGGCCACACCUUGUGCCGAUGGCGUUAAAUAGUCCGUAUGCGCACCCAAAUGUCCAGUCGUUCCAAUUUCCGGCUGCGGAUGUCCACCAAGGUCGCCUCAUUCCCCAACCCCAACCCGGAGGCACUGCAGUUGCUAACCCGAACAUAGAGCCACCGUUCCUACCGGCAGGUCCAUGCUAUGCCGGCGUCCUUCCUCGCUUUAUGAGUUCGUCUGAUUCGCAUGCUGCACGGAUCAACCUAGAACCCCUAGGCAAAGUCGGAGUCCAUCCCCAUGGCCACAUUGCAGCUGCAGGGCAGCUGCGUCAUUCGCACACGCGUGAGGGGAUCCAUCCUUAUUAUGAGACGUUCAAAGCACGAUGGGAUCAGAUGUUGGAUCUGAUUCAUCAGUAUGAUCAUGAGAUCGGAUCGUUCAUGUCGACUGUCGAUCUAGAUCGGCUCUCACCGUUCCAGAAUUUUUAUUGUGCAUUUUCACAGUGUGUACAAUAUAGCCCCCAGUACAAGGGUUGGGCCAGUACCAUUCUGCAACACAAGCUCUCAAUUCAUGAGAGGUUGCUCUCUGAGGUCAACCAAGUUAUUGCGUUUGACCCAAGUGUUACACCAGCUCAUGUGUGUUAUGAGCUGCGUGUAUAUCACACAACAGAGCGGGGCAAGGUGCUGGCCGCCCUUGAGGAGCUCCAAUAUGAGCGUGGAGGCCCUUUCGCUGAACCGGCGGUACAAAACACCAUCCGCAUUGAGGUUCCUCGGGAGAGAAAGGAGUAUAGUCACUCAGGUGGUAACGUCUGGCCCGGUGGCAGGAAUCGCAGCGUCGCCAUUGUUAACCCAGCUACUGGGCGUCCUAUCCAAAUCCCCAAUCAACCGACAGGGCAUAUCGCAAACAACGGCAAUGUGCCUAUCGGACGCAAUGGCCCGUUAACUGACGCUACCAGCCGACUGCCUAGUCUCGCUGGAGUAGAUGGCUCCUACGGAUGGAGCGAUGAUGAUAUCAUGUCGUGGAUUUCAUUGGUUGGACCUGUGGACGAUGAUUGUGUUAGCCAUGACAGCCAGGCAGUUCGGAGGAACCAUAACCAGGGAAGGACCGGCGUUGGUCCAGCCGGCGCAGAUGGAAGGAUGGAAAGAUCUAAGCCAAACAAUCUGGAAAUCGGUACAUACGGUCUGGAUGGCUCAAUCGCUCCGCAUGGUUCAAGUGGGGAUGAAUGUGGGUCUGAAAAUAUUGAUCUGUCAAGCAAAGAGGUGGAGGCCUGUGACAGUACGUCAAACGCUCCGUCUCAUGAAGAAGUGAAGCAAUGGGAACGUGUCCCUCGAGAUCCAACCUCCACCAACUUUGUCGUGCACGAUCCGAAUCUUCAACGGGAUGUGAACGGUCAGGACAUUUCACGCGAGACCCAGCAAGCGGUUAGAGGCAACUCCCUCAGUCGACACAUCCCGCUUGGUCCAAAUAAUGAUCAAGGAAUUAUCCAACAGAAGGAUACAGGCCGAAUCUUCGGCUUAGAUGGUGAGGGUGGUUCAUACCAGAUGCGACGAGUGUUUAGAGAUGACUCCCUCAGUGUUGAUCAGGAUCUUGAUCGCCAACAGAACAUCCAGGCAGAUUAUACCGGCAGUGCCACCCUGCCUGGUUCGACUGAUGAGCCACAACGCGUCCCUCCACUUGAACUCAUUAACGAGUCUGCCCCGGUUGGCCCGAAUGCCGAGCAACAACUACCCCGAACAGAUGACUCCGACAACUCGGAAACCCCGCUGAUAUCUCGGCAUGGCACUCGUCGGCUUAUGCCGCGAGUCAAUAUCCGCCACCGACCUGCUCUACAUGAUGGUGUUCUCGGGGCCAGUAGUUUACGUAUGAUCAAAGCAAGUCUGGAGACCCGUAGGUGUCAAGAUCGAUAUUUGCGCCCAGACACACCCCAUCCCCGCGGGCGCGAGUCUCUAUCACCCCAUGUGAACUCGAACGUUGAGAUGGACCUAACAAACUUCUUUGGUUUCCAUUCGCCGGAUAGCCAACAGGGUUCCGGUCCAACGCGUGGUUGCUCGCAAUUUAUAAAGUCUAAUGCUCAACAUACUGCUGUAGCAGUAGUGAAUACCAGCAUGAUCAACGCCUCUGGCCAUCCACACCAGCGCUGA